GUUCAACAGAGCAACGAAACCGCUGUUUCUCAAGCGUCCAAGUUUGCGUGUCGCAACCCUUGCUUUUUAAACCAAAAUCACAGCAGCUAAUUGCUUAACCACCGUAAUUCAACGGCGUUUCUGGCAUAAACAAAGUUAAGAUUAACUUGUUUUAUUUCUAGAUUGUUGUAUAUAUAAAUAUUUUUGACUUUUUGUAAAACACAGAGAAGUUCUCUUUCGGUGUUUAACUACUGGAUUUAUUAUUUAUUUUUUUUUUUUUAAUUAAUUUUUUUGUGGUGACAAUCCAUCAACUUUUUUUCCGGCGAUUCAAUUCUGUUGUUUCUAAAAAAUGGACCAUGCUACUUGGCAGCUUAUGGUUGCCUCCUUGCUAUCGUCGCUUCCAGCGGGAUCAAGUCUACUGGCGAGCGCUCAUACAGUGUCAGGGGAUCCGUUAGAAAAAAACUUACGUGAACAACAUUAUACUUCAUUACACUCUUUCCUGAAGGAUUGGCAUGCUAUCUGUUAUCAGGGAAUUCAUGCCCAUAAUCCCAGUGAAUCUAUCUAUUGGGAAAUUGAUCAUACCUAUUUUUUUCUUAAACAAUCGCUCUUAACAGAGGCAAGUCGCAAGGGUGAAUUAUUAACUGAAGAUGCCAGCAUUUCCGAUGCCAGCAGCCCUUCCGUACUUCCUGAAAAUUCCCUCUACCCUCAGUUUAAAUCUCAUGCCUUGAUGAUGUUAGGUCCAACUGGACCUUUAUUCACUUCUCCCGCUCAUCUUUCGCGAUUAGAUUCUCGUCUUCCAGAUGGUGGUAUCGUUGCAAAGCCAGUAGCCGUUAUGGCUUCUCCUGCAUAUGGUGCUGCUAAUGAUGUCUCCCUUAGCAAAGUAUCUGCUCCUUCCUCUUCCGCAAAAGCAUCCAACCCAGUAAUUAACGUUCAUCCUUCAUCUCUACAAUAUCCAACUCAAAAGCCCCUUUUUGUUGACUCUUUUUCUUCGUUUUCGCCUAUACGGAAUACUUCCGCAUCCGUUAUUUCUGAUGAUACUUUUAAAACUGUCUCUACUUAUUAUCAAUCUGAGAGAUAUCAAAAACUGCUAGACUCACCAUCUAUAGAUGUCGAUUUCAUUGAAGAUAAUCUCGAUGUUGUAGAAGAAGAUGUACUCUCUGAUGUCCCACUUCGCCAUGAUAUGUUACAUGUCUAUACUUUACUUCAACGCCUUCAAAAUUUACAAAAUACAAGAAUUAGUUCUCCUGCAUCUUCAGAUGCACCAUCGUUGGAAGAACGCUCAACUGCUUCUGAAGUGGGUCUUUUGCUUUCAAAACUAAUCCUUACCUACAAUCUAUCCCCUUCUGAUUUAUCCAUUCCCGAUAUUCGAUCACCUUUUACAAAAUUUGGUCCCCAAAUUCAAGGUUCGUUACCUCCUACCGCGCAGCCUUUUGAAACUACUGCACAAGUCCAAAACCGAACAGGUCAAAUGGCAGCUGGGGGCUUAAUGAAUGGUACUUAUGGUCAAUAUCCUUCUGACGCCCCUCUCCAAUCCUACAGACGGAGUAAGUCGCGGCGAUAAAAUUCUGUACAGCUUUAUGAUUUUUUCGAGUCUUUAGAGUGUUUUAUUGAAAUCAUUGGCUAAUUAUUCUUCAUUAUUUCGUUAAAAUUAUAUGAUUUAUAAUAUCAUGCAUUCUGUAUCAUAGAAAGAGAUAUUUUUUUUUUCUUAAAUCUUUACCAUUUAAGUUUUGAUUGAUUUUAUUUCUUCUCUUAUUUGUGAUUCCUAAUGUUACAUAUGAAAGCCAAAUUGCUUAUAAUUAGGUUUCUUUUUGAUCAGUCGUAAAAAC